AUGACGAUUGGCAGGAAGGCGCCAGAAGGGCAGGGCGCAGGUCAUGCGAGCAACGCAGAUGGAGAGACUGACUUCUGUAUCCGGCUGACUCGCACCAGCAAAGGAAACGACCGCAACCACAGCGCUCUUGCUGACGGUACUGCCACUGCCGAAGACCGUGUCCCUCGUUUCUUUGCCAAACAUGGCCACGCCGAUGCCGACCCUACCAGUGUUAAGAAGCAAGGCCAUGGUAAAGGAAACUGGGGCCGCGAGGGCGAAGAAGUCGAAGACUAUGGCUACACAUUCACCAACGCACGACGCCGAUCCAACAGCAGCACUCAUGCUCUAGGCGACUUCAAGACAAAGUUUGAAACCCGUGAUACCGAGCCCGUUUUCGAGGAAGGGCUGCACGGACCAACAGAGGACGACAUUGAGAAAGCCUCCAGCCUUUCCAAGGAGGAGAGCACUGAUUCCAGCACCAAUGCCGGAAGCAUUGACGAGGAAGACAAGAAGAUGUAA